AUGUCGUCUCGAUUCCCCCCUUCAUCAGGGUUCAACUCCCGUGACCGCUCUCCACCGCGCUUCGGGGACCGUCGCGCACCUGCCGGUCCCCGUGGCCCCGAUGACGGGAGUCCAUCUUUUGACAGGGAGCCUCCUCGUGGCCCUCGCGCUCUGGUUGACUCUCCUCGAGGGGGUUUCGGUGGUGGCCGCGGACGCGGCUAUGGCCGUGGUGACUUUAGAGACCGUGACCGUGACCGAGACAUGCGAGACCGCGACCGCGACCGCGACUUUCGAGACAAUCGCGAUGCACCCCCAUUCCGCCGCGACAUGGACCGGGACUGGGGUCGCCGCGACCGUAACUUCGACCCUCGAGAUGCGCCCCGAAUGGGCUUUGGCCGCGGCCGAUCACGUUCCCCUACACGCGACUUUCGUGACCUGAGAGAUCCCCCCGGACGAGACUUCGACUUGGUUCGCAUGCGACGCAAUUCCCGUGAUAGUUUAUUAUCGGCUUCAUCAGGCGGCCCCGACGGUCCGCCCUCUAGUGGCGGUCACCCACGCGGUGGGUCUUUGCGAGGACGUGGACGUGGGGACUGGGAAGGAGGCCGAGGUCGAGGCCGUCCAACAUACAUGGAUGACCGAGAACCGCCAUUCCGACGAAGGAGUCGUUCCCGUGAUGUAUGGCGAGAUCGGGGUCGGGAUCGUCUGGCUGAUCGUGACCGAGAGCGCGAGAUGGAUCGCGAUCGUUUGCUCGACCGAGAGCGCGACCGGGAUAUUCGCGAGAGAGAUCGAGAUCGGGAUCGCGACCCAGAUCGACGGGACCGAUUUGACCGACGGGAUGACUGGGAUUCUCGGCGCCCCGAUCGUGAAGAUCGGGAACGACCUUUAGAGCCCUGGAAGCGGGAACGACCCCCGAGCCGAGCCUCUAGUCGUGGUCCGAUCAGCUUGAUCAAUUCUUCGAACCCCAAUACCAUGCCAUUACCAACAGGGCCUCCUACGCAGGACCGAUUGCCAGACCAGACCUUCUUAGAUCAGGCCCGAAAAGCAUCAAUCGUCUCCGGCCCAGUCGGGAUCGAAACUCGACGUGAUAGCGAACGCUCGGAGCCUGCCCCUCUUCGCCCUGAAGCUCCCAAAGAUCUGGAACCCAUUGCCCAACACUCACCUCCUCCGUCCGCUCCUCAGGUUCCUGCUUUUGGCUCCGUAUCCGCCCCCAUCCUGCCUGCGCCGGCAGACAAAGGUCCAUCCGAAGGGCGGCCGACCAAUGAUUCUUUCACAUUAAUUGAAAAAGAUCGAACAGAUGGACCACGCCGUCCAUCAUUGCAGCCUCCAACGGGACCGAGGGCUGAGCGAGUCGAACGGUCCCCAGAUCCUACUUUCUAUUCCUCGGAUGGCGGCCACCAGCAAGAUGAACCAAUCCGUGCCUCCCAAUCAUCUACUCACCUCUCGGACCGAUCUCCACCAACAGCUCCAGCAGCCAUGGUCAAGCGUGAUUCUAUUUCUGGCCCUGGCGAAACACAGAGAAUGACGAAGCCGACCUCAAUGAACAUGUCUCCCACCUUUGCACGACUUCCCCCACCGGGCUUGCGAGCCCCAUCCAGGGAAACCUCCAUCUCCCCAAGAAUGCAGUCAUCGACGAUCCCCACGGGUCCACGGGCGUACCAAGCAAGGCCGGCCGCUUCACCGAGGGGACCGAAUAAAGCUAACAAACCGUGGGCUCAACCAAACCCCAGCCGUGUGCCAUCUGUCUCGAUUUUGCCCCCCAAGAGGGAUGCCGAUGAAUAUGAUGGCCCUCUUCCAGUCGACAACAAACCCCUUCAAAGUCACCGACCAAGCUCGCCGCCCCAGGGGCAUGAACAGGAGACUCACAAGAUGGCCACCGACGACACUGAAAAGCCUGCUUCUCCAAGUUCACCUUCCAUGAAGCUUCCCAUCCGUACCAGUCCGGCGCCGAUGCCGGUUCCUACUGUGGAGGCUCUAAAGAAAGGAGAUUCACAACAGGGUGAGAACCAAGACUCUGCUCCAAUUCCCGACUUUGGGCAAUCAAGUGAAGAAGAGGAAGAAGAGAAUGUGGUUUUCAAUCAAGAAUACCUGGAGGAGCGAAAGCAGAUUUUUGAACGAGACAUGCAGCUCCUGCGAGCCGAGAUGCCGCCACCCCCUCUAGAGGAUCCCACCAUUGUGUCUCUAUUGCUUCGAAUUCAAUUGCUGGGCAUGCUAGCUCACGGAGAGGGACAGCAGCAGCAGCAGCCGCCACCAGUUCCGCUUCCGCUUCCAUCAGUCGAGCAGGAAGAUGCUUCAAAUGCUUCAGGUAAUGAGCGUGUGGUAACUUUUGACCCAUACCCCAAACCGGAGCAGCACGAGCCUGAGCCUCAUGCAGAGGUUGUCAUUCCGCCCGCAGAGUUGCAUCCUGAAAUCACGAUUGAGAGUUUACCUUUUCUGAACUCUGGCCCUCCCACUCCUCUAUCCGAGUUGGAAGUAUGCCAAGAAAAUGGUUCAAUUCACGAGCGACUCAGAAACACCUUCUGCAGCGAGCUUUCCAAGAAACAGAAGGAAAUCGCGAAGAAGAAUGCCGUGCUUCGGGAAGAAUACAUGUCUUAUUACAAGCCCUGGCGUUUGGCGAUCUGGGAAUUGGAUCGCUUCAAGGACAAGAAGCCCAUGACUCCGGGCCCACCAUCGCCACCUGCCCCUCCCGCUCCUGUGUCCCCUGCACCCACCCAAGAAGGACGCGAGAGUCGACGAUACAAGGGUAAUAGUGAGCUUGACUUCCUCAAUGCACUGAGAGCUUCCGAAAUUUCUGCACAAGAGGAGCUAGAACGACGCAGAACCAAAAUGGCGACUGCUCGCCCUGACCUGAGCCGCGAGGCAAUCAUUCCAGAUAUGCUGGAGCGUGAAGAGGAGAUUGCGCGCAUCUACAAAGAUGUAAACAACGUCGUCGAAGCCCGUCAUGCCUUGGAUGUCUUUGGCUUUAUACCUCCACGAAACGAUUUCACUGAAAAGGAACACGAGAUCUUCACCAAUGCCUUUAUGGCGCACCCCAAGAAAUGGGGUAAGAUUGCCGAGUCUUUGCCUGGUCGUACAUUCAAGCAGUGUAUCAUCCACUACUAUCUCACCAAGGAAGAGAUCAAGUACAAAGCGAAGCUCAACAAGCGGUGGAGCCGUCGCGGCAGAGGGAAACAGAAGUCCACCCGGCCUAAAUCCAAUGCCCUCAUAGCCGAUUUGGGUGUAGUCAAGCCAGACUUUGAUGGUGAGGAGGAGCCUGCUCCUGUGACCGACACUGGACGUCCAAGACGUGCAGCAGCUCCGACUUUUGGUGAGUAUAAUGAACCCGAAGGUUCUGUCACCGGACGCCGAGGCCAGAUAAGCAAGGAUGGCGAACUCAUUGAGAAGCCUGCAUCUAGGCGCGGUGGUCGAACGGCUGGAGGCACUCGGGGCCAACGCCGUGGGAGGACUACCCAGCCAGAUCAGAAAUCACAGGGACCAACUCCGCAAAGCACUACCCCCAUUACUGUCAUGCCACAGAUGGAUCUUAAUGCGGAUGUGAUGGUAGAGAGUAUCAUGCCCCAGGACCGAGAGCUCAUCGAAAAGGAACUCAACCCGCAAAUGUCGCGUGCCAGGACAAUCCGGGGGAGAGCUAAGGAGGGUAUGUACGUCUUCGAUACAACUGAAGCGGAGACUAUCAUGCCAGCGAAACCGAUGGAGACUGGAUAUGGAGGUAUGCAACCGACCAGCUACUGGUCUGUACCGGAACAACGUGAUUUCCCUCGGUUGCUCGCACACUUUGGACGUGACUUUGAGGGGAUUUCGAACUUCAUGAAGACCAAGACAACGGUUAUGGUACGUUUAUCGUCUUUGAAUCCGUUAUGGGGCCUUUCUCAUGCUAACCGAGAAAUGCAGGUAAAAAAUUACUACCAGCGCCGGCUUGAUUCGGGGCAAAAAGAUUUCGAGGAGACUCUCCUGAUUGCCGAGGAAAAGAAAGCUCGCGGCGAGCCAACUGGUGCUUUGCCAGUGCCCACCUCUGCACCCAAACGCCGAUAUGAGGCCACACCUUCAGCCAUUGUUCCUCGUCCUCUUGCUCCCCAUGGGGAUUUGAUGACCGAGACCGACGAGGCACGGUUUUCGUCCAAGGGCAAGCCUCUCGCUAUGUCACCUCAGCCCAUGCCUCUUCAUGGUCGACCUAUGUCUGACAGCGAAAGGGGCCCGAGCCGCUACCCGGCUCUUGCGCAAGCAUCUAACGCUGGUCCAGUGCCGGGCGUGGCUUCUACUCUUAGCGAGGAUGCCUCUCGGGCGAUGCGCGCUCAGCCCGGUGCAGCCCAUCGGGUACAAGGACCGCGUCUUGGGUACUUCACUGAAGACCGCCGGGAUUCUAUGAUGGGGCACUCAAAUUCUCGAGCUCAAGACAUGCAAAUCCUGUCGCGACAUAACCCGGGGGCACCUAUGCCACCAGACUUGGCCCGUAUGGAUCCUCUAUCCGCUCAGGGCUACAUGUCUACCCAACAACCGCCAUCCCUCCUUCCUCCGUCGCAUUCACGCCACCCGAGUCUGACUCAAGCGCCGGGAUCACCGACACAACUUGCUCGGCCCGAGCUCGAUAUUUCUUCUGUUCACCGUGACCCCUUCGGUCAGAGACAAUACUAUCAGCUUCCCGGCCAGCCAGUUGGCCUCGCUCAAUCACCACGGCCUGUUCUAUCCCCCGUCAAAGACUCUCCUCGCCCGAGCGUCACUCCGAUUCCGGAGCCAACCUCUCGCCAGGUUCCAGCGAAGCGCUCCAACAUCAUGAGCAUUCUCAAUGACGAGCCGGAGGAUCCCCAACCACGGAAGCGGUUCGCUAGUGAACAGACAACUUCUGUCCCUGUUUCUAGCUCCUCUGUAUCGAGAUCCACGUACCAACAUGCUGGCCCUGCUCGCCCUGACGAGGCGCUCAUUUCAAGUGCUGGGCCAAAGCCAUUAAGCUAUUCUCAACAGAAUCAAUAUGUAACACCUUCGCGCGGUUAUCCGGAAUACUCGAACUACGGGCCUCCCGGAGGAGCAUCAGGGGCAUCAGCGAACAAUGAUUGGAUGGCACGGUUUGAUCCUCGGGCACAACAAGCUGGCCCGCCCUCACAAUCACAACCCCCGCCGCCGCCGCUAAGUGGUCGUGCAUCGACAUCAGUAGCUCCUCAGAGCUCCUUCUCGCCCUACACAUCCGCUCCAUCGCAGCCGUCAGCUUCAUUGGGCAACCGCUCCGCUCCCUCACCCGCUCCAACACCGCCGCCGUCUUCCCAACGUUCCUCUUACCCCAAUGUCUUCUCGCAGCCCGCUCCUGCACCAUCUGGAUCUCGUGAUAUGCCCUCCCAGUCAUCUGUCUAUCGCCCAAGUUCUCCUCCAUCGCGGGCUAGCAGUGUUGCUUUUGGCUCCCGACAGGAACAAUCGACGCCUGUCCAGUCUUCGGCCAACCUAUUUGGCCUCACACCCCGCCAGUCAGCCUCGCAGUCCUCUUAUGCGCCGGCCGCGCCAUCCACUCCCGCUUCAUCACAAGCGCACAACCAGAGCUAUCAGCAACACGUGCAGACCAUGGUCAAUGGCUCACACCAAUCGCACCGCUCGACCCCUGUCGGCCUGGCUGGCGGGCCUCCUCAGUAUGGACAUAGCACUCCUCCACCCCAGGCACAGGGCGGCCGAUCAAUGCCGUCACUUGCGACUCUCGGUCGCUCAUACACUCCACCUGCAGUGAUGCACCCUCCUGGGAGCGGGAUGGGCUAUGCGCCACCUCCGCCGGCGACAUCAGGCCCGAUUCCGCCCCUUCAACGGACAUCCGGUCCAGGCUCGCUGGGCGAGCCUCCGUCCGCGCCGACGCAUCAUCGUGUCUACAGUCAAGGGUCGUCACAAGGUGGAAUGCCAGGGUCGUUGCAUCCACCUUCGCAACCGCCUCGCUAA